UGUUAAUAUACAUCACUAUUGAAAAUUUGAAGGUCGUUAACACAAUAUACAAAAUUAAAACACAGUCGUCUUGGAAACUGUACAGUUUUCGUAAUGUCCGCAAUAACAAAAACAGUCAAUGCAGUUUUAAUUAUUUUAACGACUCGCCAGAACCAAAGUAAAUACAAACUACCUAAUACAAAGAUGUACUAUGUUUUUUUUUUAUUGCCCUUGUAGGCAGACGAGCAUACGGCACACCUGAUGGUGAGUGGUUACCGUCGCCCAUGGACUUCAGCAAUGCCAGGGACAGAGCCAAGCCGUUGCCUACCGUUUAAUACUCUCCACAAGCCUUGUUUGAAGAAGGACAUGUCAUAGCGCUCAGGAAACACCGUGGAGGGGAGCUCAUUCCAUAGCCGGAUGGUACGUGGCAAAUAAAGACCUCUGGAAACGCACUGUGGAUAUAUGCACGGAAUUGUGUCUAUUAUCUAUGAUUUAAUGACUGGAUUCAUUUGAAUGUAGGUACAUCUUUCGUAUUGUGUACUAUAUAUUAUAAAAUAUAUGUACUGUAUAUUUCGUUCAUAGCUAAUACAAAUUCUGCUCUAUCAUGGGGUUGUAUUCAGCCGAUUCGUUCCAGAAGCACAGGUAAUACCAUUUUAUGCCUAUUUUAAUGAUAAAUACGAGAAAAUGUGAAAUUUUGAGCAAAGGGCCGAUGGUGUAUAUCAUCUGUAUCAAAAAAAAGUCAAGAAGAUAAAGUUGCGUUCUGGGCGCUCGAUUAGAACCGAAUUCCCUUAGCUGUAUCUCUUUGUAUCUUGAUAUUAGUUGAAAAAUAAUAUUUUUAAGAGAAAUUUCUGGAAUAUAAAAGUGAUCGAAUAUAAUAUUAUAUCUCUAUUUUAUUAUUUUUGCAUAUUCUCAAUAUCUGGCAAGCUGAAUCGAUAGAAAACAUGCAGGUGAGCUCACGGGGCUCAAACCGGAGUGUUGCUAACACUGGCCCUAGCAAGAGCAGUGCUUCGCAGAAUCUACCACUGGAUUGGAAACGCGACCCACUGAGAAGAUCUGGCGAGAAACUCAGUGGGCUGUGUCUAUGGGUUAAUUCGCUCGUCGAGCCCUUCGUCGUAAGCGACGGGUUCGACGAGGACGGUGACCGGGCAAAAGGCUCUUAGGCUACCAGCGAAUAGAUAGAGGAAAAAGAAAGUCCCUGUAUUGUAAAUAUUAAUUGUCUUUCACACAGAACGAGCCCACUAUUGUCUCGUGGUCCAACAAAGAAUACAUCGUUUACCCAGACUUGUAUAAAAUACGAAUCAAUGCUAAACACACCCCAGCUAUUGACAAUGACCAUGCAAUAGAUUUACAAACAGCAAAGACCGAUGAAUCAGGUAGCAGCUCAAGAAAAGUAAAUAAACUACAUAACUAUGUAACGAUUGAUUGUAAAGAUACUUUUAAUGACAAAGUUAUAUCCAGUGACUCAAAUCACUUAACCGCACCUGUUCAUUCAGACAUAAAAGAUACUGUGGACGCAGCUCAUGAUGGAAAUAAAAAUCCCAUAAAAGAUAUAAACGUUGAUUCGCAUCAUGAUCUAAGACCGAUUGAUUCAGAUGCACAUCACUCGGUCGCUGACACGAAAGACAAUUCGAAUCAUUCGAUGCAUGAAGCAAAAACAAAUCAUACAACAGGAGCUGUGAGUGAUAGUGAUGAAUCAAUUUCGAAAUCUUUUCAUUUGAACGAGAAAGAAUUGAAAGAAUUCAAAAAAAAUAUUAUGGACGAUUUCGAAAAAUUAUUAAAUAAUGUUCUUCAUAAUAAAACGAAUCAAAAAGGCGAUAAAGAUAAUUCUAAAGGACAUAAUAAGCAAGAUAUUCGGAGCUAUUUGGACGAAUUGAAAGAAUCCAUCAAUGAUAUGCUUAAGGCUUACAAUCAUGUUGAUGAUACGGUUCGCAGUCAAGUCGGUAAUGAUGAACCAGAAGUCCAACUACCGAACAAUCAAACUGUAGACGUUAAUGGAGAGAAGCGCAUUGGAGACGUGAUACAAGAAAAAACUGCAGUCAAUUUGGACCACUACUUUCAAGAGCACGACGCUAAUGUUAAUAACAAUGUCAAUGAGCCAACGAAUGAGGUUAAUGCAGAUCCAAACGCUGAUAAUGUGAGUGGAAGCAAUAAAUGUUAUUGUGGUACUGUUGGUGGACAUAAAAAUUAUGAAGAUCACAAUGCCCAGUUUAAUCCAGCAAGCGUUGCCAACGAAGAUCAUCCGGACAAGCUGAAAGCGAAUCUAUUUAGCGGCAAUUCUAUUCGUAAAAAUAACGUUCUUAAUUUGUUCGUCCUUAAAGUCGAUCCUAAAGAAUGUUUCGAAAUCAAAUUGAAUAAUAAAAAUGAAAAGCACCGGAAUUUUGGUGAGGAAGUAGUCGGAGGCUAUAAUAAAGGAAAUAUUAAUGAAAAUUCUGAUAAAGAAAUUAAUAAAACUCCAGAAGAAUUCACUGAUAUUUCUGAUAAAACUGAUCUGAAAUUACCAGGAGAUAAUAAGGAACAGGAGUUAAUUAAUGACGACAAUUCAAAAGAAUUAUAUUUACAUAUUUAAUAUUAUUAUUAAAUUCGACGGAAUAACAAAAAAUAUUAUGUAGAAGUGCUUGACAAUGGCAACAAACAGUGUUCUGACUCUGAGUGCUUAGUGCGAUUUUAACGUUCUCGAUAGCGUAAAAGUUAACUCAAAUUUGUAUGGAGUUGCAAAGUUUGCCUACGUUUGCCGCUAGGGGCGCUGUUCCAACUCCAUACAAAUUUGAGUUAACUUUUACGCUAUCGAGAACGUUGAAAAACUCGAACUAAGCACACUAAACAUCAUAUAGAGCAAGAUUGAGAAACUGCUACUAAAUAGCCUUUGGAGCUGGUACUUAUGAAAGACUCAAAAAAUAGUAGUAAAUAGCGUCAGAUAUUAAUUUCAAAUGUUAAAAAAGUGGGAGUGGUCGCGCUUUAGGUGGUGACGGGGGUGAAGGGGCGGGUUGCCUACUGCUCGUAAGGCACAUGGGAUUAGACACAUAAACAAAAUAAAAAAUGAUGACUAAAUAAAAAUUAAUAAAUGAAUAAAUGAAAUAAUAAAUAAAUAAAAAACAAUAGAACUUUUAGAAGUUUAUAUUGUACCUUUCUAAUUAUAUUGCAAUUAAUAGUAAAAUAAAUAAAAAAGAAAUUAAGUAUAUGAAAUUAUUCUGACAUAUUUUAAUGAUAUAUGAAAUGAUUUAAUUAACAUAUACUUAUAUCAAAAUUACUCUGACAUAUCUUCUGCAUCACUUGAUUCUGAACUGUCUGAACUUGAUUCAGAAUCAUCUUGUAAGUUUAGCCUAUAAAACCAAUAACAUAAUUUCAGAACUUAAUACUAGAUAAGAUACUCAGAUUAUUGAGGGAAAUCAAUAAAAUAUAUCAAAACAAUAAGACUAGUGAACACAAUAAAUAAACUAAAGAGCAAAAUUAAAAAUACUAGUGAUUUUGAAGUUUAAAACUCCAAAAACCUCCAUGCAUAUUAAGGAAGCCAUCAUUAAAGAUAUCCAAUCCCUUUAAACUACUAAGAACGCAGUUACAUUAUAUAGAAAUCAUUACUCCAAAAAAAAAACACCGUAUUUAAACAUCGUUCUAUAAAAGAGAGGCUAUUCAAUCAACAGAAUCUACUAAUGUUGAAAUACUAUUAGGAGAUUAUAAGCCUGAAGGUGAUAGCCAUUUCAAACAGCUUAAGUCACACUACAUAAAGUAGACGUUUUUUAAAAUCAAAUUAAGACGGGCAUAUCAUUAUGAUUUAGUGAUGCACUAUUGCUUUCAAUGGCACUGGUUUUGUCCCGAGUUGUGCUGCCAUCUCUGGACCAGGGCUUGUACUAAAUAACAGCUAUAAAUUAUCAUUUGACCUACAGAAGAAGAUUGGAUGGUUGGUCAAAAUUCCCAAUCCCAUAAGGUCAUGUGUAUUUUUCACAGGGGAUUUCGCUCUCUGUAUUUUCUGAACUGACAAUUAUUAUUUAUUUUAAUUGUAACUUAUAAUCGUUAAUUAUAAGAUAUUUGA